GAAUCCGCCCAUUUCCUUUCUUUUCUUUCUGCUAACAACUACUUUCUGCUAACAAACAAAGAAAACUACUUUCUCUUCUUUCCCUUUGUUUUCUGUCCAAAUCCUCAACUCCCAAACGAAGCGACGUCAGUCAGAAGAACUACUGCAAAACCCUUUUCUUUCGUUUGACCUCAGGGCUCCAAACCGACUAACUCCCAACGUCGAGGUUGAUUCUCGUUGAUUCCUUCAUCGACGGCCCGGAACAUGGCUUCUCUCUUCAAGGAUCUUAGCAAGCUUUCGCAGUACAGAGACCGGAGGUUUACGGGGUCACAGGAAGAAUUCGAGCAAGCAUUGCUGAAGUCGACCACGGUUUAUAUUGGGAACAUGUCGUUUUACACGACUGAGGAGCAGGUUUAUGAGUUGUUCUCACGUGCAGGAGAAAUUAAGAGGAUAGUCAUGGGUUUGGAUAAGAAUUCUAAAACUCCAUGUGGUUUCUGCUUUGUCAUGUUCUACUCCAGAGAAGAUGCUGAAGACUCUGUUAAAUACAUAAGUGGGACAAUUCUUGAUGAUCGACCUAUUCGUGUAGAUUUUGAUUGGGGUUUUCAAGAAGGAAGGCAGUGGGGCCGUGGCCGAAGUGGUGGGCAAGUACGGGAUGAAUAUCGUACUGAUUAUGAUCCAGCUAGAGGCGGUUAUGGAAAAUUGGUUCAGAGAGAGUUGGAGGCACAAAGACAGCUGGUGGACUACAAUGCAGGAUCGAUAGGCGCAGGAUCGCUAAGCUCUUUUCCACCUGUCAUGCCACCUCAAUAUGGUAGGCAUGGUGGACACCAGGGUUAUGGGGGUUCUCAUCGACAUGGUCGAGAUUACCAUCGCAAGCGAUAUCGUGAAGAUGACCGUCGUGGACCAGAGUUUUCAAAGAGAAAUUUUGACCAUGAAUCUAGGAGAGGUUCUGAUCAUGACUCUAGACCGGAAAAGAAUCCCCGGUUUCGUGAGAGUGGUGAUUCCGAUGAUGAUGAGGAUGAAGAUCGAAAGCGACGGCAUUAAUUAGUUCAAGUCAGAAAUGUAAAAUCUGGUUGCUCUUAAAACUUUGUACUGCAAUCAUACAAUUCUGAAGUAGAUGAAUAGCUAAAUAGGACAUUUCUCUUGUUAUCUUAUCUUGUGAGGGGUAACCUGGAAGAAAUUGCUAGCGUGUAGCUCCAACUGUACACUCUUUAGCGUGCGUUCAUUCCUACCUGCAGAUAGAGAACGAUGAAAGAAGGAAAAAGAGAGAGCCCUUGUAUUCCUACCCUCUUCCUUUGCUUUUUUGAUUGCCUUGUGAUUUCGUACUGGAAAAAAACAACUAUUUAUAGCUCACACA